UAGGCUUGGAUCCCGAGAGUGGGCUUCAGAGCAGGCAGUGUCCCGUCUGGCAGGAAGCACUCUGCUUUCUCAGGGACGUGAUUGGAGUGGACAAAUCAUGCUGAUUGUGUGGGAGAGAAACCCAGUGCUGCUCCCAAGAUGAAGGCAGUGCGGGAGGCAUCAUCCAAGGAGACAGCUAUCUCUUCACUGGUUUAUCUUCUGUGCUUUCUCAUCUUCUACCUGGCAGUUGUAGGUGCAGUAAACAUCAGCAGUCCAUCUCCUCUCGUGCGAGGCACACUUGGAGGCUCCGCCCUCCUCUCUGUCACCUACACCAGCACUAGUUCUGACCAACCUGUUAUAAAGUGGCAGCUGAAAAGGGAUAAGCCCGUCACAGUGGUCCAGUCCAUUGGUACAGAAAUCAUUGGAAACCUCAGGAAUGAGUAUCGUGGUAGAAUCCUGCUGUAUGAGAAUGGAUCUCUGCUCUUGCAUCAACUACAGCUAUCUGAUGAGGGCGCCUAUGAGGUGGAAAUCUCUAUUACGGAUGACACUUUCACUGGAGAAAGAUAUGUUAACCUCACUGUAGAUGUUCCAGUGUCCAGACCUCAUGUGCAUAUGGUGGCCUCAUCUGUCCUGGAGUUGACCGAGUUCUUCGUUCUCAACUGUACUCACGAGAGUGGCACUAAACCCACCUAUAGCUGGCUGAAAGGCGGGAAGUCUUUGACCAAUGACUCGCGUCUUUUCCUGUCACAUGACCAGAAGGUCCUGACCAUCUCUCGUGUCAUCAUGUCAGAUGAUGACAUCUACAGCUGCAAGGUGGAGAACCCCAUCAGCAGUAUGAAGAGCAUGCCCGUCAAACUCACUGUCUACAGACGGAGCUCCCUUUAUAUCAUUCUGUCCAUCGGAGGCAUUUUCUUACUCAUCACCUUGGUGACUGUGUGUGCCUGUUGGAAACCCUCCAAAAAAAAAAGGCAACAGCUUGCCAGAGAAAGCAGACAAAAUGUAUCAGACCUGAGCAAUGGCAAUCAUGACGUUGAUAUUGUUCCUGCUAGAAAUUACCAUAAUCGCAGGAACCCAGGUGGACUAUACGUACUAAAAGAAACAGAUUUCCACGAGGGACCAGAUGAGUCUUCUUGUAAUUAUAUAAACCCUAUUGAUCCUCUCAGUCCUCCGUGUUAUCCCGGCAUGGCUUCUCCUCCUGCACAUUCUCCAGAUGCUUACAUGAAUUCAGGAAGAAGAUACCCUCGCACUCCUGUCCCCUCCCCACCAACAACCCCUCAUCCAACUUUAACUCCUCCCCUCUUGGGUCCCCCACACCUGGGCAGCCUAACACGUAAGCCCCACCAUCCAAGAUCAAGCCCCUCCCCUCCACAUGCAGAAGAAGGAGAACAGGAGAACAAUACACGCCACCACCACAGUUUACCCCGAUGAGCCAGAUAGAUUAUGAAUAGGAAUGACAGUAUGUGUGUGUUUAUGGGGGAAAUAUAGCAAUUAAAGCAUUUUAAGUAAA